AUGUCUGCCAAGACUAGCACUGCCGCCCCCAAGGCGAACGUGGAUUCUGCAAAGUGGACUCCCGAAGAGAACGCGAAUCUCCUCCUGCUCAUCAUGCAGGAAGAUAACAAGCAGCUAGGCGUCAAAGGUUGGAAGACCAUUGGCGAAAGAGCUCAGAACGUAUUUGGUGACAAGUACGGCCUUGCAGCUGUAAAGCACCAGUUCCAGAGACUACGCAAGCAGUACAUCAACGAGUUCCCCAUUCCUGAAGAAGAUGCCCAGGCCGGUGGCGAAUCGGCUAAGACCCCCACUAAGGGACGAAAGCGCACAGCAGCUUCCAUGGAUAGUCCUGACGCCGAGGAGGACGCCGGAACAAAGACCAAGAAGGCUCGAGUCGCAAAGAAACCGGCUAAGCGCUCCAAGGCAGCUGCAGGAGACGCUAUGCAGGAUGACGACAACGACGCCGGCGACUCGGACGGGGCAAAGCAGAAGCCGAUGAAAACUCCCAAGCGCCGCGCCGUGAUGAAGGCCAUCCCCCCUUAUGAGGAGCAUGACGGUGUCAUCGAGGAGGACCGUGAUGCUGAGGCCUCUACGAAGCUGAACUCUAACGAUUUAGCAUCCAAGAACGCCGCCGAAGAUAGUCACACUGACAUCUAA